CGAAAGGAGGUUGGAUUGUGACGAUGGGAAACCCUAAAAUAGCGUCGACAGCAGUUUGUAAGUUACGUCAGUUGCUGACGAAAAUCGGGGCAAUCUGCACAGGAAAUCAUGUUUCAACAUGUUCGCAAGCGUAUUUGAGAAGAUCACUAGUGCUGGAAUCGACAGACAUAUUAAAAGAACUGUGUUUUUUUUGAGAGUAGUACGUCGAUUGGUAUGAUAGUUAUCCUAUCAGGUGUUGUAGGGUUUAGUGUUUGCGCUUAACUCACACAUCGAAGAAGCUGAGGAGACCAGACUGGAAAACAGGCUGCCCCAAUUUUUCAAGACAUGAGCUCAUCUACAAUGGUUGCAGGAUGGCUACUCGAUCGCUGUGUGACGAUUCAGAGUUCAAGCAAAGCUCGUGGCUCACAGUGAAGUGAUAAUGUUGGGUUAAUCGUCGACGCGCUGGGCGAUGGAGAGAUCAGACUAUCGUAGCGGUCGUCGUUCAAGAGAAGUGAAAGUCUACACUGUUUGCCAAGAGUCUAGGUAUUUGAUAGUGAGAAAUGUCCCAACAUUGGGAUGCGUCGAUGAGCUUGUGAAGCUCUUUGCAUUGUACGGUCCAAUUGAAGAGCACAGGCUUAUGGACGAGGAGGAAUGUGAGGAGUUCACGGAUGUUUACUGGCUCAAAUUUUCGUCGAUAGCAAACGCUCGGUUUGCCAAAAGGAAGCUUGACGACUACCCAUUUCUGGGACAACUAUUGCAAGUCACGUAUGCUCCAAAUUUUGAGGAUGUGCAAGACACUCUUGUUAAAUUAGAGGAACGGCGGAGAACUGUUGCGAACAGGCUGAAAACUAACCGCAAGGCAGAGGAGAGGCAACAUGAGCGACAACAGGGUCCCAGGGAUCCUUUACUUGGAGUAUUUGAUGCACAGAAUGUAGACGGGGUGCAGGAACUCGUUCCUGUGCCAGUUGGGAAUAGGGGUGUGUAUGAGUUACAACCUGUUAGAGCGCCUCCUCUUCCUCAAUCGCAAGUUGAUGCUCGAUAUAGAGCACCACAUGAGCACUAUGGAGAUCCUUCCAUGGACGUAACCGUGCAAGCAGUGCGUCAGAAGCUUGAUAAGAUAUCUUCUGUAUGCGCACCACCAGCUCGUGUAGCUGGAACAAAGCAGACACGCUAUGCAGAAAGUUCUUUCCACACUGCAGCUGAGCUAUCAAACAAUACUGAGCCUGCUCUUAAAAAGAAACGGCUUGAUAACCGAAGAAGGAUUUGAAGCUCAGAAGCUCUACUUGUUCAUGAAUUUGUUCAAAAUCUUACUGUUGUCUGAAUCAUCAACAAAAACUCUAUCCGUGCAUGGUCUUGAUUAUUAAUGUUAUCCCCCUAUGUACACUUUGGUUUUUGUUUUCAUGGGAUUGAAAUCCAACCCAAUAUAUUUUCAACUUUCAUAGAGCGAGAGAGGUGCUGCAGACCUAGUGGAAGGAGCACAACGGGUGCAAUUCUUACCACUAUUUGAGGAUAAGUUUCUUGAGGUGGAUGUGAUACUGUGUUAUAAAGGGCGUUCAACGAUUCUGUGCGGAAGUUAGUGCUCGGCAGGUGAGGUCCUCUUGGCUGUUUGCUCAGGUGACCAGUUGUGCUUUAGUGGUUGAUUUAUUCCUGACUAUUUUUGUAUUUAGCAAAGGCAACUUUAGGCAAGCUGAGGCAACGCCACUUUGCGUUGCUUCAAAAUUGGUGUUCAUGGGGCCUCGUAUCCUCUGUAGUUUUGAAGCCAACAACAAAAAAGAAAUCGCAGGCUUUGAUUUGCAAGAGUGUCUUGGGAAUCAGGUCUCGAUUGAUUUGAGUUGAA